CCUGUGCAUCAAACUACAGUGUAUCCAAUCAGCUUAGUGCGUAUCCAACUCACGUGAAGGCUGGCCUGACACGUGAUAAACUACUAAAUGGACGUAACAAUUAAUGCUUCUCAACAGAUUCGACUAAAACGUGCCACUGUUCCGGAAAUUUACCGAAAAGCUGCUCGAAUUUUAAAAUCAGCAGAAGAGAGGAAAGGAAGUCUUAAAAAUCUUAUCUACUCGUCUGGUUUUCGUGAUGUCAAACCUCUUUAUGCACUGGUGGCUGAGAGUUCUAAGCACCAGAAUGAACUGGAUGAGCUAAUUAACAACACACCAGGGCUCCAAAAUGUGCAACCUUUUGAUCCUCAUUUGGCUAGGAUUCUCAUCACAGAGUUGAUUUGGGGGAAAGGUUAUUUAAAACCGGAAAAUGCUCGAGCCAUCAGGAUAAUUCUAGAAUUAGAAAGUGAACUCAGGCAGACAUUAGACAGCCGAAAUUCCCAAGAGGAAAUUGACUCUGUGCAACAAAUUUCAGUUCCGCGUUAUGUACGUGUCAACACGCUGGUUUCCACUACCGAAAAAGUCUGCAACCAGUUGACUGGAGAAGGAUGGAAACAAGUUCGUUCAAAAAAAAGGUCUGGUUACGAAGGUUUCAUCGAGCGAGUUAAAAGCCUCGGUGAAAAUGAAUUUAUCUUGGAUUUUCAUCUGGAUUUCCUGCUGGUUUUCCCAUCUACUGCACAGUUUUAUAAUCACAACCUGUUGAAAAGUGGAGCCAUUCUUUUGCAGGAUAAAGCAAGCUGUAUGUCAGCAGUCGCGUUAAAAUGCAACCCAUUUUACGGCAAGAUGAUCGACGCCUGUUCCGCGCCUGGAAUGAAAACUUCUCUAUUAGCUGCCUUAUCCAAUAACCAAAGUCCCAUCAUUGCGAUCGAACGAAACGGAAAACGAUGCAAAACUCUGCGGCAGACCAUAUCAAAUACCCACGCAUCAAAGGUAACAGUUCAACAAGCUGAUUUUCUUACCAUUAAUCCGUCUGAUUAUCAAGACGUGAAAUACAUCCUUGUGGAUCCAUCUUGUUCCGGAACAGGGAUUGUCAGUCGUUUGGGUCCAAAACGGAAAUCGGAAAACAGGGACACUUUGGAACUUCGUCUGAAACGCUUAAGCUCAUUGCAGUCACGGUUGGUGGAGCAUGCGGCCACGUUCCCUUCAGUUGAACGCAUUGUGUAUUCCACUUGUUCGAUCUACGAAGAAGAAAACGAAGCUGUUGUGAGGCAAAUUCUGACAAAAAUUGGACAAUCAUUUCAAUUAGAAGAAGCAUUGCCUUGGUGGCCGAGACGAGGAACGAACCGUUACGAUAAUUCUCCUGAUGACAUAAUAGGCAUUAAAUGUGUUCGAGCCGAAGCUGAUAAGGACUUAACAAAUGGCUUUUUUAUCGCUCUUUUUGUGCGGAGAAUUUAAGCUGGAAAACUUGAGAUUUUUGUAUGCUUUGAGAAGAACUCUUUGUUCUUAUGAGUAAAAUAAUAAGUUGGCAUUGAUUUUUAAAAAUACAGUCAGUGUUCUCAUGUCUUUAUGAA